AUGGUCCCCGACGUUGUGUCGCCAACGCACCGGUGGCACAAGCUCCUCGACGUCCUCGGUUUUCUGUACCUUCUCUGCGCCGUCGGGCUCGCAAUCGGCGUGCUCACCAUCUACGGUGCGUACCUUGAAAACAACCUUUUUUGGCCGUCGUUCCUUGCCUCGGGCAUGGCGAGCGCCGUCACCGACCUCUUCAACCUCGAGUUGGCCCAAACCUCCAACGCCAGCAACCUCGAUUUGACAUCGAUCGUGCUGCCCCAGCGCUACCCCCGCACCAGUGCGCUGAGCAUAUCGGCGAGCUAUGCCCGGGAGGUGCUGCUCACUGAUAUGGCUUACGAUCUCGCAUCGGCCAUUGUCAGUAUUCGCGAGCUCACGCCGGCCGAAGUGACGUUUACGAUGACGCAGUAUUGCUGGGUGGAUCUGAACAAGAGAUGGGCGCUCGCCCACACGUUUCGCCGCCAAGCGCGGUGUGAAGCUCGGUACCGCACCAACGCCGCUGUGCACUUGGAAGCCAUUUUGCGCAACAUUGAUUUGGCGGCGUGGCUGGAACUCUACAACCAGUUUUUUAGUACUAUGAUCACGAACGCAAUAUCUGCAACGCCGACAGGAGCUUCUUGACUGCCUUCACUCGUCGCCCAGCCGUGGGCA